CGGUGCGUCUGAUUCUCUUGUUAAUUCCUAGCAGCGGGAUCCUUGUUGGUCGGGUAGGCUUUAACAGACAUCUUCCCAUUGGAGGCUUAGCGCGUCACUAUGACAGUGGUGUGGUCCACGCAGCCUGUGUCAGGGGAGGCUGAGGGUGCCGCCUAAAAACGCGCCGAGGUAUUGGAUGCGUGUUGUUGCUAGGGGCGUGGGUUGUGCCGUGAAAAAUCUAGUUUUCCCAAAGCUGAAAGAAGUGAAAUGUGGGAAGACAACAGUCGUAUCAGCCGGACGAGAGCUGCCUGCUCCGACAAACCUGCGGGACGCGGUGCCGCAGUGGACAUAAUCUGAUAAGCGCUUGUGUCCAUCCUGCAUGCCACACCAGAGAGAAACAAAGUAGGCUACGUGCGGAUAAUUAAAGGAAGAAUGCAGAGAGGCUGAAGUCACACUUCUCGGAACUUAUUCAGAUUUUCACCCGGAGCACCUGCUUCUUAUUUGCAUCAGCCAGAGCCCGGGUUGGUGAGUCUUUGCAGAGGCUGACAGCUGCGCACUUGGUCGUCCCGUGAUGUGUCUUUGGGGGGAUUAGUGAGUGUAGCCGAAACAUCCCGACCUAUCCACUGUAGGCCAGUCAUCUAUCUGCGGAACGAAUCACAUUUUCAUAGUAGGCCUAUGCUACCUUAUGGGCUACGAUGUGGAGGAAACUGAUUUCGUGAGCUCACAGGCUGAGCUGGCAAUGACAUCAAGCUUAACUUGAAUAGCCCUCUGCGCUGUAUUGCACCAAGGUGGGCCGGGGCGUGAGGUGCCAAGGAGCAAUGCACCCAUCCUCCGAGCUGGACGUUUUGUGGACAUGCUCUCUGUCCUGAACAAAUUCAAGGCAUAAGGCCAUACAUCCUGAGCCGGCGAACUGCGUCACUGCUUGCGAGUGUUGCAGGUAUAAGCAGCAAACUCUCCCACCGCCGGGAGAGGAGCAUGCUCAUCAUCCUCCCUCCCUGUACAAUGUCGCCGGUAAGUGUUUAACAAGUUAAGAAGGGAUGGAUUCGGCGGACGAUUCAAGAAAAGAUCCGCCACUGGGAUCCACAUUUUCCUCGGUGCCUAAUUUAGAUUCGGACGUUAAUGCAAAUGCCCGUAGGCCUGUUUAUGAAAAUGGGACAGACCACAAUGUCAACAUCCAAAACGGAGCCCAGCGGGGGGCGAGUGACCCCAGCGCGUACCCGUCCAAUGACUACCAGGGGCUGAUCCGCCAGAGGUUCAUCCGGCGGAGCUUGUGGGUGUCAGACUCCGAGGAGCAGCCGGUGGACACGCCGGAUUGUGUCAACAGCAGCCCGGUGCUCAACAUUGACCUGCGGACCAUCGUUGAUCGGAGUCGGACCCGGGUUCUGCAGGGAGCCCGGCUGGGCCUCCAAGAGACCUCAAGCAGGGAAAGCCAGGUGGAGCUGAAGGACAGCGCCACAGAGAGCGCGAGCGCCGACGAGGAUAAGGGAGACAGGGGCGUGAGAGAGACGAUUGCAGAGGUUGUUCCCUCGGAUGUCACAGGUAAAGCAGGAAGUGACGAGAACGAAGAGGAACCCGGGAUGAAGGCCGUGUCCACUUCACCUGGGGGCCGCUUCCUCAAGUUUGACAUUGAGCUGGGCAGAGGGUCCUUCAAGACCGUCUAUAAAGGUCUUGACACCGACACCUGGGUCGAAGUGGCGUGGUGUGAACUCCAGGAAAGGAAACUGUCCAAAGCUGAGAGACAGAGGUUCAAAGAGGAGGCAGAGAUGUUGAAGGCUCUCCAGCACCCCAACAUUGUGCGAUUUUAUGACUUCUGGGAAUCACCGGUUAAAGGGAAGAAGUGCAUCGUUCUGGUGACAGAGCUAAUGACCUCAGGGACACUAAAAACGUAUCUGAAGCGUUUUAAGGUGAUGAAGCCUAAAGUUCUUAGGAGCUGGUGCAGACAGAUUCUCAAGGGCCUCCACUUCCUCCACACAAGGACCCCUCCGAUCAUCCACAGAGAUCUCAAGUGUGACAACAUCUUCAUCACUGGUCCUACAGGCUCUGUCAAAAUAGGAGACCUGGGCCUGGCAACACUGAAGAGGGCCUCCUUUGCUAAAAGUGUUAUUGGCACUCCAGAGUUCAUGGCCCCAGAGAUGUAUGAGGAACACUAUGAUGAGGCUGUGGAUGUCUACGCCUUUGGGAUGUGUAUGCUGGAGAUGGCCACCUCAGAAUACCCCUACUCUGAGUGUCAAAACGCUGCUCAGAUUUACCGUAAAGUCACCAGCGGAGUGAAACCUGCCAGCUAUAGUAAAGUCAGUGACCCAGAAAUUAAGGAAAUAAUCGGGGAAUGUAUCUGUCACAGAUGGGAAGAAAGGUACUCUAUCAAGGACCUCCUGAACCAUGCAUUCUUUGCAGAGGAUACAGGCGUGAGGGUGGAGCUCAAUGAAGAGGAUGAUGGGAAGAAAUCAUCCAUUGCUCUGAAGCUGUGGGUUGAGGAUACUAAAAAGCUGAAGGGGAAGUACAAGGACACUGGUGCCAUUGAAUUUACCUUUGACUUGGUGAGCGAGGUCCCAGAAGUUGUUGCCCAAGAAAUGGUGGAAUCAGGGUUUUUCCUGGACUGUGAUGUAAAGGUAGUUGGGAAGUCUAUCCGGGACCGCGUGGCUCUCAUCAAAUGGAGGAGAGAGCGGACUGUCUCGUCAGGUAAUGGCGAGGCGUCUGUAAAGAAGACACAGCAGAACCUACUGCAGGUGCCCGGUACCGGUGUACCACAGGCAGCUACAUUAGCUACAACAGAAUAUGAUGACCAAGAAGCGGAGCAGCAGACCCUGAUCUGCUCCGUGCCCGCCACCACAUCUACUACAUCUGACAGUGGAGCGAGCUCUGCCAUGCAAUUAGAUGAUCUAAACAAUCAGCAAAAUGGCCUCUACCAGUCGCUUACAGAACCCAUUUCCACAACUCAGAUGAUCUACAGUCCUCCUACACAGGCUGAACCUCAACUGCACCAGGGGCCCUACCAGCAACCCACAGCACAGGCCUCACAUGAAAACUACACACAGACAUCCACUCAAUUACACCAGGGGGCCUACCAGCAAACCACAGGUCAGCUGCAUCCUGGGGCCUAUCAACAAUCUGCAGCACAACUGCACCAGGAGCCUUAUCAGUCUCAAACACGUCACAACAGUGAUCCCUUUGUAUGCCAUGACAACCUGCUCAUCACUGAGAGCACAGUGUGUUUUAGGCGUGGAAGCACAUCCCUGGUGGAGAUGUUACGCUGUAGGACACACUCUCUCGCUAAGACAAUGAAUCCAAGCCCCUGUCUGUGUCCGUCACAGGAUCUGGUUUCAGCAAAUAGCACAGAGGUCUCAUUGCAUGCCACAGACUACCUGUCCUCUAACUCUGCGCGAAAUCCAUCAUUAUUAGCUACUCUCUUGCCCCCACAUCAAAACUCUCAUCAUGACUCAGCGAGUGAUUUCAAUUCACCUCUCCCUCCCCUGAAUUUACAACCUCCCUCAGAGCACCGCCUGAGCGUCUCACACAGUCCACAACCCCGCCGCCAUUGCAAGGCUUGCAUGUCUCUCCUCCUGAGGGAUAGGACAAGGGGAGACGGGCCUCUGGGAAACACACUUAUACACUCUUUCUCCACAACCCCCCAGUUUACGCCAGUCUUUAAGACAGGCUCAUCCACAUCUCCUCAUCUGGCAAGGUCUCUUCCAGUCACUCUGCCUCCUCCUUUGGCUUCAACCUCUCCCCCAUCAUCAAACAGUCAAACAACCCGUGUGACUUCACCUUCACAUCUUUUUCCACCCUCACAAGUUGUGCUCCCUCGGAGUUUGUAUGAAGGUGGUGAUCUCACUCUUCUCAACCACUGUCUUCAUCACAUCGUCGGCCGCAGGACCAGUUCCCCCACCCUCUCUGCUAAUCAUCCAAUGCACAGCCACAGGGAGGUUGGGGGUAGUACAUCCUCAUUACUUGAGCAUAUAGAUAAGAGGCAGAGCCUGGAUGUCCCGCUCUUCCCUAGCCCAAAUCUGGACAGGAAUCUGCUAUUAUCACCACAUGGCAGUGACGGCAGUCCAGAUCCACUGACAGUUUCUACUCCAGCUACGCCGGCCCCUAUUGUGCACCAGAGUAGACAGACAUCACAGAGCUUCCCAGCUGCAGCCCCGACUCCACAGCUUACUGCCCAACCCAGCCAGGAGCAGUGUCAUCUCCAACCAGCUGCUGUCCUGCCCCAGCGGUUAUCUGCUGACCAGCCUACAUCUCACCUGAGUCCUCCUGACAUAUCUACCAGUUUUCCACAGUCAGUCUCCAGUGCUCCUCCCCCACUCCUGCCCCUGCAGUUCAGCACACAGUUUCCCUCACCAUAUCCUGUUGUUCAAACAGGGAGCUUCAAGCCCCCUCCCUUUCCUCUAGAUCCUCUGCCAUGUGCCUACAGCAGCAGUGGCCCUCCUAUGUUUAGCUCCCACUACUCACCUUCACCCCACCGCCCCUCCCUUCCUCUGACCCCUCAUGCUGCCUUGCCCUCUAUGCCUACUCUCGGCACCCCUCAGACUCCUCUGUCGACACCUCAGCACAUGCCCUCUAUUCAGCUUUUUAGCAUGGCCAUGUCCCCUGCAGUACCCCAGCAGCAGGGCGGCCCUCCAACAUCUCAGACAAACCUUGGUAGCUUCCAUACCACCCAUCCCUUACCUCUCUCCCAGGUACAAACCACCCCAUACCCCGCCCCCCACCCUGAGCAGGAACUGGCUGAGCAGCCUGUCCAGGUACAGAGGAUUGCACCACAGGGGACAGAUGUUCACCUUUUGGCUCCAGUUCACCCUGAAUUGCCUGCUGUUCAGACUCCUCACUGGGGAAGCAGUAUAGAUGCAGAAGCUACUGUAGGUGGUCUAGACUUAACUGUAGCCCCUAUAGUUCCAGCUCCAGUCCCCGCCCCAGCCUCAAUCUCAGUCUCAGCUACAGCCCAAGUUGAAACUCAAGCCCCAGCACAAAGCCAACCACUGGUCCCAGUAUCAGCCAUGCCUCAAACUGAAGCUUCAACCCUUGGAAAAGACCCAACUUCAGUCCCAAUACAAGUUCCAUCAGCAGUGCAAGCUUCAGCCUCAGCCCCAGUUCAAAUACCAGUUUCGGCAUCUGGUCUCACUUAUGAAUCACCAAAAAGCUCAGACACAUCUUUUGCAAUUGAUAAACCUAAACUCUCAGUCCCAGGUUUAGCCUCGGCCCCAGUUCAAUCUGCAGCCCCAGCUCAUGCUCCAGCACCUGUCGCAGCUUCAGUCCCAGCUCCAGUUCUGCAGCUUGCUGGCAUCCAGACAGCAAUCUCAGUGUCUGAGUAUGCUGGCCAGGCCACAACUCAGCAAAACGUUGAGUCGACAUCUGUGUCUAGCACCCUUCAACAAGAGCCCUGUGUAGAGGAUGGGUUUCAGGACAAACCAGUAUCUUUACCCAGCUAUGCGUAUGACAGUCUCAACUCUGACGUGGCAUCUGGUAAGGAAACAAGUGACGGCUAUGACAGCUUAGCAAGUGGAGGGAAGGGGGACGGGAAACCCAGGAAACACCACCGCAAAUCUGCCCGCACACGUUCCCGGCAAGAGAAGACCAGCAAACCCAAACUGAGCAUGCUCAAUGUUUGCAACACGGGCGAUAAAAUGGUCGAAUGCCAGCUGGAGACUCACAACCACAAAAUGGUGACAUUUAAAUUUGAUCUGGAUGGAGAUGCUCCAGAGGAAAUUGCCACUUACAUGGUAGAGAAUGGCUUUAUCCUGCUGUUAGAGAAGGAGAUUUUCAUCGACCAGCUGAAGGACAUUGUAGACAAAGCUGAAGACAUGCUGAAUGAAGACAUGGAGGGUGAAAGGGCCUCCACUUUGAGUUGUAGUCCUCAACAAGGCCCAGUUUUUGAAGGGCUGGUAGGAGAGAGUCAGCAGCCUGGAGCACCUCAGGCUGUCUAUCAGCAGAAUGUUCUUCACACAGGAAAGAGAUGGUUCAUAAUCUGCCCAGUAGAGGAGACGCCCACAUCCAGCCAGGACACCCCAUCUGAUGGUACAACUACACAGUCUCCUGGGAGUUCAGCCACUCCCCAGCCUACUGAGAGUGGUACUGCAAGGCCGUCCAGAGAAGAAGGGUCGUCCUCCACGAUGUCAGGUGGAAGUGGAGGCUUCACCUAUGAUGUGUAUGGAUUCUGUAGCCCUCCGAUAAUGUCCAACACAGACCCUCUCCUCUUAGCUACUCUGUCUCCCCCUGUGUCUGCUCCCCCGACCCUUCAGUCAGUGUCAUCAGUGGAGCCUGCUAGCAGCUCGGUGCAGCCCAGUGUUCAUCAGGCCCAGCCAGCCAGAGCUCAAACUUUGCCCCCAUCAUCCCCGCAUACGUCUUUCCCAGUUGAUGAGUCACAGGGAUCCCCUUUAAGUUCCAUCUCCCCGAUCCAUGCAGCUCAGCAGAUGCUCGACAUGGCAUGUCCUGUUUCUAUGGCUGACGAAGUGCCCUGCUGCCCUCUGGUCAUGCCUCUGUCUCUGGAUGUGAGCGGGUUGCAGAGUGGAUCUCCUCUCACUCCUCUUCCACUCCAGGAGCCGGGUGUAGUCAAAGAGCCACUGUCGGUCUCCUACGCCUCAGCAACGCGGAGCGAGCGCCCACAGCAGCCUGUGGUGCUCCACCAGCCUUUUUCCAGCGUAGGAGGGACCAAAGUGCCCUCACUACCCCAGAGCCCAGCGCCAUCCCAGCACUGUACAGGGCCCAGUGAGGCAGAUGGCGAAGGACGACUGGGCCGCGGGGGUUUUGUGGAUAGCACCAUAAAAACACUGGAUGAGAAACUAAGGAACUUGCUCUACCAGGAAUAUGCUCCCAUGUAUCCAUCAGGCAGUGCUGCAGAGACACCAGGCUCCGGCACCGAGUACAUUCAGUCUCCUCCUGGUCCAGACAGCGCCACAGGAGGGUCAGGAAACAGCACGCCUGGGCCGAUGGGGGAGGGACGGUACAGGGCAGGAGAACAGCUGCCUCAAAUUCCAGAGAGAAUGGACAGUUUGAGCACACUGAGUGACUCAGCCGUGUGUGCUUCCCUGUCAAGAAGACACGUUCCUCACUCUGCAUCCUGCUCUGGAACAAGAGGCCGAUUUAAGAUAAUCUCUGUUCCUCCUGAAGUGGCCAACAGACGCGAUGUGAAGCAGAGGAGCUGGAGCAGCGCUGCCUCCCCGGCACACCCUGUAGAAUACAAUGGGGACCACGUUCAGGAGUCCAUGACUGCCUCCACGACAAUUGGCCGUUUCUCUGUGGUCAGCACUGAAGAUGACAUUACACAGAGGACACGCUGCAGCCGCUACUCUGCCCCGCCUGAUUUCUACCUGGACACACCUCCUUCCAUGGCCAAGCGGGGCUCCCUGCCUCGCACCCUGACCUCGCCCUCUGUCCCUGUGGAUGUCACAGUACAUGCUCGCUUCCUCUCAUCCGACUCGGGGGCCGAGAGCAGCCCUGCAAAGCUGGCUCCCGCCACCCCGUCUCAACAUACUCGCUCUGAGCGCAGAGGAAGUGACCUCAUGAAGAGGGCUGUGGCCUUCCUCCGUCGCUCAGGGCGCAGCAGCAGUGUGCAGAGCUCUGACUCACCAAGUAGGCAUGGAGGCGUGCACGGCUCCGCCUAUGCCAGCAGUGACAAUGACUCAGAGAUGGAGGACUCGGACAUGAAGAAGGAACUACAGAGACUCAGGGAGAAACAUCUUAGGGAGAUCUCUGAGCUUCAGGCCCAUCAGCGGGGGGAAGUGGAGCUGCUGUAUCGACGGCUUGGCAAGCCUCCUCCUCCUGGCCUGGGUCUCUCACAUGUUGCACCACACGCUGGCCGUAGAAAGAGGUCCAGCAAGCACAGACUGAAGCCUGGCAAACUUCUCAGCCCUCUGGUGCAACAAUUUAGAAAUGUCACAACCAAAUCUAGUGACUCCAGCAGAUCCAGUGCUGCUACAGGUACAGGUGAGCCCACAGUGAGUUUAAAUGGCUCUCCAGCCAAAGGGUCUUUCCCCACUCACAGCAGGGCUCGCUCAUGCACCAGCCACCUUCCCAGCUCCACCUCAGAGCCCGUGCAAACUCAGCAGCCCUGUUCCCUCAAGGGCUCUUUGUCUUCUGAUAAUAUUUACGCUGGACUACAUAGAGACGGCACUGGCACACAAGCUCCACCUGGACAAGGCUGGGCUAAUUACCCUCAAACAUCUGAGAGAGUGACCUAUAAAUCGAGUAGCAAGCCACGGGCUAGAUUUCUCAGUGGGCCUGUGUCUUUGUCUAUCUGGUCAACACUGAAGCGACUGUGUCUUGGCAAAGAGCGUGGCAACAGGUCUGGAGCUGGACCAGGGGCUUUCAAUCAAUCCCAGCAGCCGCCUACUGGUGCCACACCUCCUUCUCAUCAGCCAGUGAUGGGACUGGCCCAAGCUCAGGCCAAUAACAGCAACAACAAGACAGGCACAUACACUGGCACAUCCAUUAGUGCCACUGAAAACACCCUACCUGAAGACUUGCAACGGCUGAUGGAUGACUGGGCCCAGGAGGUUCUUAUUGUCACCCACAGGCCACGCACUAACUCUCUGAGCAUCAGCGGGCAGCAGCUUUGGGAUCAAGUUGUGCCUCGAACACAUGGACAACUGAUUAGUGCUUUAGAUGUAUCAUCAUGGACAGCCCCAGGUCCAGAGGUCAGCAGUUUCCCCCUGUCAUGGCCUGACAGCCCUGGGUCAACAAUGAUGACCAGCCCCUCCGCCGGGCCCCGUCCCAGUUAUCAGCUUCACUCUCCUACUCCAUUCAGGGCCUUGUCCUCACCUCUCUCCGUUAGUGGGUUUCUCUUCCCCCUUCCUUCAGGAGUCUUUGCCUUUCCUGCUGUACCCUCAGCCCAGGACGGCCCCGGCCCCACUGCAGCUCCAUCAUAUCAGCCACCAGACCCCAAAGCCAGGACUCUCUAAUUUGAGUAGCAUUGUGUCUUCCAGUUCUGUUACCAAAAAGAAAUCUCAUCAUAGGUCUAGUCAGUCUUAUGUGCAUAUACUGUAUAUAUUUAACCAGCAUGUAUUUAACCAUAUGUACAUACUUGUCUCCAUUCUUGAGUUAUUUGUUUGAUGUGCAUCGACAUACCUCAAGUCCAUAUUACAGUACAUAAUCCCUGAGUGCAGUGUAAUGGUAGUAUUACAUUAAAAUGUGUAUAAUUAGCCCAAUCAGACUUAAAAGUGCAGACUUUUGUCAUUGCAUAUGUAAGUACCUUACCACUCAUCGAAUGUACAUAAUGUACUGUUCAUUCAUGCUGUGUUUCUAUAAAAAGUUCAUGUUUGUGUUGCUCAUA